GUUGGUGACACACUAACGUCAUGCUUGGUUCACUAUUCCUAUCAUCUUUUGUGUUUCUUUUUUUGUUUGGUUUUGUUGAAGGAGACAAACAGGGAGAUACCAGACUGAAAACCUUAAAGUCUUUGAUCUACAACAACGCGGAGGCCACAGUCAAACUGGAUUCUACAGCACUGCAAAAACUCAUUCAGUUAUCGACAACGGGUACUCUUUCAAGACACAAACCACGAGUGAGUUUUUCUGUUUAUGUUAAAUCGAAACACCUGACACUUGGAAAAGGUCAGACGGCGAUAUACGACGGAAUCCUGACGAAUGAUGGAAAAGGAUAUGACGACAGAUCAGGAAUCUUCACGUGUCCUGCAACGGGUACCUACAUGUUUGUUGUCGAUUGUCUCUCUAUUAAGCCAACAUGGAUACAGAUUAUACUGAACAAGAAUGUGGUUGGGUCUGCUUAUAUAUCAACUAAAGAAAUAACAUCUUAUCAACAGUUUAGUAGAACCGUCAUUUUAAAAGCAGGAAAAGGUGACCACGUUAAGGUAGUUAAUGUUGAGAAAGGCGGCUUCAUCCACCAGGGCCACUACUCUGGUUUCUCUGGAACUCUACUGUACUGAAGAAUUGAUACAGAUAAGAAAUUGUAAAUUGCAAGUCAUGAGA